GCGAGGGGGGAGGCAGCCCCGGCGUGCAGGUGCCGCGGUCUCUCGCGCUGCUGGGGAGCCAGAGGCCAGGGGCAGAAGUCUGGCGGGGUUGGGGGUUGGAAGGAGCUGGUCCUUGGAAACCAGGAAGCUGUCUUGGAGACAUUGGACUGGAGAUCCUUUCCCAGAGUUCAGUUAUGGGUGUGAGAGGUUUGCAAGGGUUUGUGGGAAGUACCUGUCCACAUAUAUGUACAGUAGUAAAUUUUCGAGAGCUGGCAGAGCACCACCAAAGCAGGCACCCUGAAUGUACUCCUACCAUUGUUGUGGAUGCCAUGUGCUGUCUCCGAUACUGGUAUACUCCAGAAUCUUGGAUCUGUGGUGGCCAAUGGCGAGAAUAUUUUUCUGCUUUGCAAGAUUUUGUUAAAGCCUUUACAGCUGUUGGCAUCAAGUUGAUAUUCUUCUUUGAUGGCAUGGUGGAACAAAAUAAGAGAGAUGAGUGGGUAAAGCGAAGACUUAAGAACAACAAGGAGAUAUCCAGGAUUUUCCACUAUAUCAAGUCACACAGGGAGCAGCCAGGCAGAAACAUGUUCUUCAUCCCUUCAGGGUUGGCCAUAUUUACACGGUUUGCUCUGAAGGCAUUGGGCCAAGAAACUCUGUGUUCAUUACAGGAGGCAGACUAUGAGGUAGCUUCCUAUGGUCUCCAACACAACUGUCUUGGGAUUCUUGGGGAAGACACUGAUUACUUUAUUUAUGACACUUGUCCCUACUUUUCAAUUAGUGAGUUCUGCCUAGAUAGUCUGGAAACCAUCAUGUUUUCUCGGGAGAAGCUCUGUGAGAGUCUGGGCCUCCAUGUGGCAGACCUUCCUCUGCUAGCUUGUCUGCUUGGCAAUGAUGUCAUCCCAGAGGGCAUGUUUGAAAGCUUUCGGUACAAAUGUCUGUCUUCCUAUACUUCUGUGAAAGAGAACAUUGGCAAAAAAGGCAAUAUUAUAUUAGCUGUAUCAGACUAUAUAUCCAGAGUUCUUCACAUGCAUCAGGGUGUUAAAAAACUGGAAGACAUGUUACCUUUGGGACCGAACAAAGCUCUAUUUUAUAAAGGAGUGGCAUCAUACCUUCUGCCAGGACAGAAAUCCCCAUGGUUUCUCCAAAAUCCUAAAGGUGUAAUAACAGACAAGCAAGUAAUAUCCAUGAGUUCAAACCUUGAAUCCAAGCUAGAAGUUCCCAUGUGCACAGAUCCUGAAUCCAAGCAAGAAGUUUCCAUGUGCACUGAUCCUCAAUUCAACCAAGUUCCCAUAUGCACACAUCCUGAGUUCAAGCAAGAAGUUCCCAUGUGUACAGAUCCUGAAUCCAAGCCAGAAGUUUCCAUGUGUGCAUACCCUGAGAUCAAGCAAAAACUACCUGUAGAAACAAACCCUGAAUUUGAUUUAGAAGUACCCAUGUGUGCAUAUCCUGAAAUUAAACAAGAAGACUCCAUGAACAUGAGGCCUGAAUUUAAGCAACAAGUAACCAUGGUUUCAGACCCUGAAAUUUUAAAGGUUGCUAGGACAUACCAUGUCCACUCAGAAAGUUACCUAGUGUACAACAUUAUAAGUAAUGGAGAGAUCGAAUGCAGCAACACACUGGAGGAUGAGCUGGACCAAGCCCUGCCCAGCCAGGCCUUCAUCUACCGACCUGUCCGACAAAGAGUGUACUCACUCUUACUGGGAGGCUGGAAAGAUGGAGCCAGCACCGGCCCAGUGGUCAAGGAGUGGUUCGUGUACCCUGGCAACCCUCUAAGGCACCCGGAUCUUGUUAGGCCUCUACAAAUGACUCUCCCAGGAGGCACACCUAGUUUGGAUGUUUUGUGGCUGAGCCAAGAACCAGCAAUGCAAACCCAGCGCCUGGAUAUAUUGCUAGCCUGCUUCAACCUCUCUUCCUCAAAAGAAGAGCUUCAGAUGGUUGAAAGCCCAUUGAGAGCUCUGUGCUGCCUCCUGAUAUACCUCUUUGUUCAGGUGGACACUCUUUGCCUAGAGGAUUUACAUGCAUUUAUUGCUCAGGCCUUAUGCCUCCAAGGAAAAUCAACUGCACACCUUAUGAACUUACAGCUGGAGUACAUCAGCUCCCGAGCCGUGCAGCUGGGGUCUCUUCUUGUCCGUGGCCUCACCACCCUGGCCCUGGUCAACAGCGCAUGUGGCUUCCCCUGGACAACAAGUGAGUUCAUGCCCUGGAAUGUGUUUGACGGCAAGCUGUUCCAUCAGAAGUACCUUCAGUCUGAAAAAGGGUAUGCUGUGGAGGUCCUUCUGGAACAAAAUAGAUCUUGGCUCACCAAGUUUCACAACCUGAAGGCAGUGGUCUGCAAGGCUUGCUUGAAGGAGAACCGACGAAUUGUGGGCAGAACACAUUGGACCUCUCACCACACAGGGAGGUGGGGGAGACAGGGCUCCAGCACCUACAGGACAGGCUCCACAACACAUGGUCAUUCUGGGCAAGGACAGCCAUGGAGAGAUCAAGGUCCAGGAAACAGACAAUGUGAACAUGACCAAUGGAGAAGGUACUAGGUCUCCUACAGCACCAAAAGCCAAAUGGUUAAAGGAUCACAUGUCACAGCCUCCUGACUGGGAUCAGCCAGCUUAGCUUAAGACAUUGUUGCUGUCUUCAGAGAAAAAUGUGGAAAGGAAAAGCAGUGUCUGAGUUCUGUCCUCGUCCAGAGCAGUCCUUGGAGUAACACCAUCCAGCCUCAUCGGCAAGAAUUACACCACUGGGAGCCACAGCUGAAAAAGAAGAAAAAAAAAUACCUUUUCAGAGGCUUCUCCAUCGUGUCCCACAAAGAGCUUUCAUUGGCUUACUUUUUACAGGUUGUUCCUGAUUUCAUAGCCCAAGCCACUUCUCACUUAGCAUCAUGCAUGUCAUUUCAAUCCAUGUUUCUGUUGUGGGAGGAGUUAAAUUCCUUUUUUAUUAUUAGGUUGGAAUCUAACUGUAUCCUGCUUUUUCUUCAUAGUAGAUUGUGAGGGUGUCUUUGAAAAUAUGAUGUCUAAUAGCCACAUAAUAUUUCAUAAAUUACUAUGCAUUAGAAAUUCUAACAAAGUGAGGUGGCCAACUAUUUCUUAUCUUGGUCUUUUGAAGUGUUUUGUUGUUAAAAACAUUUAGCUUAGGUUAAGUAAAUGGGAAAGUGAUUAAAGGCAUUUGCUUGCAAGCCUGCCAGCCUGGAUUCAGUUCCCCAGUACCCAAGUAAAGCCAGAUGCACAAAGUAGUGCAUGCAUUUGCAAGAGGCCUUGGUGUGCAAAUAAAAU